CGCUGCCCUCGACAGCGUCAAGUUUGGGAGUUGCACUAGUUUGCGAGGUGAGGGAGAGGCCGGGCGGCGGGCCAUGGAGGAGGACCGGGGGUCGGCGCUGCCGGCCGAGUCGGCGCUGGAGAAGAACGUGGCGGAGCUGACCGUCAUGGACGUGUACGACAUCGCGUCGCUGGUGGGCCACGAGUUCGAGCGGGUCAUCGACCAGCACGGCUGCGAGGCCAUCGCGCGCCUCAUGCCCAAGGUCGUGCGCGUCCUGGAGAUCCUGGAGGUGCUGGUCAGUCGCCACCACGUCGCGCCCGAGCUGGACGAGCUGCGACUCGAGCUGGACCGCCUGCGCCUGGAGAGGAUGGACCGCAUCGAGAAGGAGCGCAAGCACCAGAAGGAGCUGGAGCUGGUGGAAGACGUGUGGCGAGGGGAGGCACAGGACCUCCUGUCCCAGAUCGCCCAGCUGCAGGAGGAGAACAAGCAGCUCAUGACCAACCUGUCCCACAAAGACGUCAGCUUCUCCGAGGAGGAGUUCCAGAAGCACGAAGGCAUGUCGGAGCGGGAGCGGCAGGUGAUGAAGAAGCUGAAGGAGGUGGUGGACAAGCAGCGGGACGAGAUCCGUGCCAAGGACAGGGAGCUCGGUCUGAAGAACGAGGACGUCGAGGCCCUGCAGCAGCAGCAGACCCGGCUGAUGAAGAUCAACCACGACCUCCGGCACCGCAUCACGGUGGUGGAGGCCCAGGGGAAGUCCCUGAUCGAACAGAAGGUGGAACUGGAGGCCGAGCUGCAGAGCAAGGAGCAGGAGAUGGGCAGCCUGCGGGUGGAGCUGGGCAAGCUCCGGGAGCGGCUGCAGGGGGAGCACAGCCAGAAUGGCGAGGAGGAGCCUGAGACGGAGCCGGGCGGAGAGGAGUGUGUCUCAGAGGCGGACAAGGCGGCCAUGGAUCACAAGGACCCCAACCGCCCCCGUUUCACGCUGCAAGAGCUGCGGGACGUGCUGCACGAGAGGAAUGAGCUCAAGUCCAAGGUGUUUCUGUUGCAGGAAGAGCUGGCGUACUAUAAGAGUGAAGAAAUAGAAGAGGAGAGUCGAAUGCUGCAGCCUCCGCCUGUCGCCCACCCGCGACUGUCCCCCCAGCCGGAGUCUGGGAUCAAGCGACUGUUUAGCUUCUUCUCUCGCGAUAAGAAGCGUCUGGCCAACGCACAGAGAAUCGUGCACAUCCAGGAGUCCUGUGGCCCGUGGGCCAACUCCCACCGCGACGACGGUUACACAGAGCAAGGACAGGAAGCCCUGCAGCACCUGUGACCGUGGCCCACCUCUGCCCUCGGACCGGAACUGUCCACUGCCAGCGCCUGCGGUGUCACCGGCAGCCCCAGGUGUCGCUUGUACACCCUCAGAACUGGUCCCUCAGACGAACUGUCGCUUUGAGGAAGCACAUGGAAAAACUGAUGCCAAACUCUAAGGAAAUGUUUAUUUAUAGCCAGGGCUAUCACCGUUUGUAAUAGAUGACUCUGAUCCCUUAGGAUAUAUAUUUAAUAAGAAAUGUAGGGAGGCCAGACUUUUGCAUUAACUUCAGUAACACAAGCUUCUUUAAGCCAAAUACACCACUUGCCAUUGUCA